GCAUUUGUAUGGCCAUAGACGGAAGAUACUCCCCAGGCUUUGAUGUUCCUCUCUCGCUAAUUUCAUCCAUAAAUACUCAAUUCCAAUUCACCAAAUUUUUUCUGAUUCCGUUCCCUACACAAACUCCCUCUCUCUCUCUCUCUCUCUCUCUCUCUCUCUCUCUCUCUCAUCUAGUGGAUCGUAUACUUCAGCUUCACAGAAGGCCUAUUCUAGUUUGAGCUAACAGUUGGGACCUGGUAAUUUUGAUAAUGGCAACUGGAACUGUUCCAGCGUCGUUCAUGGAGCUGAAAAGCAGAGAGCAUGGAUUAGGAUUCGGGAAAAGUAUGGAUUUUGUGAAGGUUUCAAACUUACAGAGGGUUAAGUUUGGCAGAUCCAAGGUCUUAGUGAUCAGAAACUCAAGUUCUGGCUCUGAUGUUGCCGAACUUCAGGCUGCUUCAGAGGGGAGCCCUUUAUUAGUUCCUAGGCAGAAGUAUUGCGAAUCCAUUCAUAAAACUGUCAGGAGGAAGACCCGCACUGUUAUGGUUGGGAAUGUGGCUAUUGGAAGCGAGCAUCCUAUAAGAGUUCAAACGAUGACGACAACCGACACUAAGGAUGUUGGUGCAACAGUUGAACAGGUGAUGAGAAUAGCUGACAUGGGAGCAGAUCUUGUCCGGAUAACGGUGCAAGGGAAGAGAGAAGCAGAUGCAUGUUAUGAAAUUAAAAACACCCUUGUUCAAAAGAAUUAUACAAUACCACUGGUGGCAGACAUUCACUUUGCCCCCUCUGUUGCAAUGCGAGUUGCUGAAUGCUUUGACAAAAUUCGUGUUAAUCCUGGAAACUUUGCUGAUAGGCGAGCUCAGUUUGAAACACUGGAGUAUACAGACGAUGACUACCAAAAGGAACUUGAGCAUAUUGAGCAGGUAUUUUCUCCAUUGGUUGAGAAAUGCAAGAAAUACGGCAGAGCAAUGCGCAUUGGAACCAAUCAUGGGAGCCUUUCAGAUCGUAUAAUGAGCUACUAUGGGGAUUCUCCUAGGGGCAUGGUGGAGUCUGCCUUUGAAUUUGCAAGAAUUUGCCGGAAGUUGGACUACCAUAAUUUCCUCUUUUCUAUGAAAGCAAGCAAUCCAGUUGUCAUGGUCCAGGCGUACCGCUUGCUUGUUGCUGAAAUGAAUGUUCAAGGAUGGGAUUAUCCAUUACAUCUGGGAGUAACUGAAGCUGGUGAAGGUGAGGAUGGACGAAUGAAAUCUGCAAUUGGCAUUGGAACCCUUCUUCAGGAUGGUUUGGGUGAUACAAUCAGGGUCUCCCUUACGGAACCUCCUGAAGAGGAAAUAGAUCCCUGUCGAAGGCUGGCUAACCUUGGCAUGAGAGCAACUGAACUUCAGCGGGGGGUGGCUCCAUUUGAAGAGAAGCACAGGCAUUACUUUGAUUUCCAACGCAGAACUGGUCAAUUGCCAAUCCAAAAAGAGGGUGAAGAGGUGGAUUAUAGAGGUGUGCUGCACCGUGAUGGCUCUGUUCUCAUGUCUGUUUCACUGGAUCAGUUGAAGACACCAGAACUCCUUUACAAAUCGCUAGCAGCUAAGCUUGUUGUUGGCAUGCCAUUCAAGGAUCUGGCAACUGUGGACUCGAUCUUAUUGAGAGAGCUUCCCCCAGCAGAUGACGGUGAUGCUCGGCUGGCACUCAAGAGGUUGACAGACAUUAGUAUGGGAGUUAUAACUCCUUUGUCAGAGCAACUAACAAAGCCAUUACCCAAUGCCAUGGUCUUGGUAAAUCUAAACGAAUUAUCAAGUGGUGUUUACAAGCUUUUGCCAGAAGGCACACGCUUGGCUGUGUCUGUUCGUGGAGAUGAACAUUAUGAAGAUCUGGAAAUCCUUAAAAAUGUCGAUGCCACAAUGCUUUUCCAUGAUCUACCAUAUACAGAGGACAAAAUCAGCAGAGUACAUGCAGCCAGAAGGUUAUUUGAGUUUCUUUCAGAGAAUGCUCUGGACUUCCCUGUAAUUCACCAUAUACAGUUCCCCAACAGCACUCACAGGGAUGAUUUAGUCAUUGGUGCUGGCAGCAAUGCGGGAGCCCUUUUAGUAGAUGGUCUUGGAGAUGGCAUUUUAUUAGAAGCCCCAGAUCAGGACUUUGAUUUUCUUAGAAAUACGUCCUUUAAUUUGCUACAGGGUUGCAGAAUGCGGAAUACAAAGACGGAAUAUGUCUCGUGCCCAUCCUGCGGUAGGACGCUUUUUGACCUUCAAGAGAUAAGCGCAGAAAUUAGAGAGAAAACAUCACAUUUGCCUGGUGUUUCUAUUGCCAUCAUGGGUUGCAUAGUAAAUGGACCUGGGGAGAUGGCUGAUGCAGAUUUUGGAUACGUUGGUGGUGCUCCAGGAAAGAUUGACCUUUAUGUUGGGAAGACAGUGGUAAAGCGUGCAAUUGAGAUGGAGCGUGCCACUGAUGCCUUGAUCCAGCUUAUUAAAGAUCAUGGCCGUUGGGUGGACCCUCCCGCAGAAGAACAAGAUACAGGCAACUAAAGCCGUUAACAGGAAAGGCACGAUUGUUGUACACGAGGGUAAAAGAUGUAGUUUGAGGGUCCUGUAGAGCUGAGAGCAACACAUAAUGUGAACACUGCAGUAUUAUGUGAAAGAUUUUGCCUCCAACAGGGCUGCUGCAACACAAUUGUAAUAGAUAUAAAAAAUGUAUGUUGUUUGUGUAGCAUACAACAUGUGUUAAAUAAAGCAAAUGAAAUUUGCAAUUAGUUCCUGUUUA